GAUUACGUUCCUACCGUCUUUGACAACUUCAGUGCCAAUGUGGUGGUGGAUGGCCAAACUGUCAACUUGGGACUCUGGGAUACAGCAGGUCAAGAAGACUAUAAUAGACUACGCCCUCUGAGCUACAGAGGUGCUGACGUCUUUCUUCUUGCGUUCUCGCUCAUCAGCAAAGCUAGUUAUGAGAACGUCUCGAAGAAGUGGAUACCAGAAUUGAGGCAUUACGCUGCGACCGUUCCGAUUGUCCUCGUCGGCACAAAGCUAGAUUUACGAGAUGAUUCACAAUUUUUCAAAGAGCACCCAGAUGCAACGCCGAUCAGCACAGCUCAGGGCGAGGAGUUGAAGAAGGUGAUUGGUGCAGCAGCUUACAUUGAGUGCAGCUCGAAGACGCAGCAGAAUGUGAAGGCUGUCUUUGACACGGCUAUCAAGGUGGUGUUGCAGCCACCAAAGGCGACGAAGACGAAGAAGAAGAGCGGGAAAUUUGGCACUGCAAUGACAUUACUCGACGUGUCGGCGGAAGCCGUACACGCAGCAACCCCUGCGAGUGCACAGGAAGACACUGAGGCCGUUCUGCAAAAGGGUUGCGGCGAGUACGGAUGUUCACACUACCGGAGAAGAUGCAAGAUCAAGGCUCCGUGCUGUAAUGAGGUGUUCGACUGCCGGCACUGCCAUAACGAUGCCAAGAGUCACUCAGAGGACAAAAGUCGACAUGAGAUCGCGCGGCACAAUAUCGAGCGGGUAGUUUGCUCCUUGUGCUCGACCGAGCAAAAGGUGCAACAAGUAUGCGAGGCAUGCGGCGUGUGCAUGGGACGGUAUUUCUGCUUCAAGUGCAAGUUCUAUGAUGACGAGGUUGCAAAGAAGCAUUUCCACUGUGACGAGUGCGGCAUUUGCAGAGUUGGUGGCAAGGACAAGUUUUUCCACUGCGACAAGUGCGGCUGCUGCUACGCCACGUCAUUGAGAGAGGACCACCGCUGUGUGGAGAAAUCCAUGCAUCACAACUGCCCUGUGUGCUUCGAGUUUCUCUUUGAGUCGCUCCGAGAGACCUCGGUGCUGCGGGAGUGUGGGCAUACAAUCCACACAGAGUGCCUGGACGAGCUUCGGAAGCACAACAGGUAUGCGUGCCCCAUCUGUUGCAAGACCAUGUUUGACAUGUCCCGAGUGUGGGCGCAGCUGGAUCAGGAGGUUGCUGCAACACCCAUGCCAGAAGCGUAUCAAAACCAGAUGUCGCCUAUCCUGUGCAAUGACUGUGGGGGCAGCGGUUCUGUGCCAUUCCAUGUGGUGGGGCACAAGUGCCCGCAUUGCGGCUCCUACAACACCCGCCAAACACAGUAG